AUGAAGGUCAUGCAGUUUUCAAUUGGGAACUCGGCAGCUGUACUGGGCCUGGUUGGCCUAGUUUCGGCCAACCCCACUGGCAAUGUAGAAGCUCGCAAUGAGGCUGCAGCUGCGGUUGCCGCGACGGCCACAUCGCCGGGGUCGACUGCUGCGCCUUACAACGCAUCUAUCGGCUCGUUCUUCUCUGAACAGAACAAUGUCAUUACACCAGCCUGUGUCGUGUCCCCGACAACAAGUAAAGAUGUUCAAGAAGCUGUUGGAAUCUUGAGCACGCUCUCGCUGGUAGGACAAUUCUCGGGUCUCACGUGCCAGUUCGCAGUCCGAAGUGGUGGUCAUACUCCAUGGGCCGGAUCGGCGACGAUCCAGGAUGGAGUUGAUAUUGACCUGAGUGCUCUCAACCACGUCAUCCCCGCAGAGGACAGGAAGACAGUUUCAAUUGGACCAGGAAACAGGUGGAUUGAUGUCUACUUGAAGCUUGAUGCUCUUGGACUAGGAGUAUCUGGUGGCCGUGUUGCGUCCGUCGGCGUCGGUGGACUCACAACCGGAGGUGGCAUGUCCUUCUUUGCGCCACGUUAUGGCUUCGUCUGCGAUACCGUCACCGAAUUCGAGGUUGUUCUUGCAUCUGGUAAAGUUGUCGUUGCAAACGCAAAGACCAACCCGACCCUCUGGUCCGCUCUCAAGGGAGGCAGCAACAACCUCGGCGUUGUCACUCGCAUUGAACUCGAAGUUUUCGACCAAGGUAAAUUCUGGGGUGGAACCGUCGUUUAUCCAAUUUCCACAGCUCCGCAACAUCUCGCUGCCUUUGCCAACUUCAAUGGCCAGAACAGAUUUGACGAGUAUGGUGCCAUUAUUAAUAGCUAUGGCUACAGUAAAAUCCAAGGAGGGUGGUUUGUUGCUAACAACUAUGAAUAUACGAAAGCGCAGCAGUACCCACCAGUUUUCAAUGAGUUCACCAGCAUCCAGCCCCAGCUAUUCAGCACCAUGCGCAUCAGCAACAUGUCCGACUUUGGCAUAGAGAUGGAGGACUCCAUUCCUUAUGGGAGAGGCCAAAUCAUGUACACUCAGACAUAUACAAACGACUUGGAAACUAUCACCAACCUAUUCAACCAAGCCAACACUUUGCUGCAACCUGUUGCCGACGUUGAGGACCUGGUUUGGUAUCUUUCGCUUCAGCCAUUGCCGACCCAGAUCACGAAGUGGGGUGAUAUUAAGGGCGGGAACUCCCUCGGCCUCCAUGAAUCGAGUGGCAAUCUUGUUCUUGCACUUAUGAGUGCCUCUUGGCCAAACCCGGCCGACGAGAAGGCAGUCACUGCGGCUAUAAUUGACACGCUUGCCAAGGCCAACGCCUUCGCCGAGAAGAAGGGGACCUUAAAUAAGUACGAGUACCUAAACUACGCACACAAGACCCAGACCCCGAUCACAGGAUACGGAGCCGAGAAUGUGGCGAAGCUAAAGGCGGCUAGUCAUAAGUACGAUCCUCUCCAGGUGUUCCAGAAGAGGGUGCCCGGUGGAUUCAAGCUGUAG